UAGUUGGAAUAAAUUCCAUGAGAGGAGCUACAUUGAAAAGAUUUGAAGCUCAUAGGGUUCAAGUUGCAGCAUUGCUGUUAGUGGCAACCGAAGUGAGAUAUCAAACGGAUAUCGCGUGUUAUUGAAGAUAACGCGCGAGUUUUGUCCCUUGUCUUGUUGCAGUCGGUGGUCGAACUCGCAUCUCGUAUCUAUAGUAGCAGUUUCUUUGUCCUGCUGCUGCUGUAUACACAUAUUGGUUUUCAAGUGUAUGUCUAAGGACGCAAUUAUUCCUAAGCGAAAUUUGGUUUGACUUGUUUCGAAUAAUCGGUACAAUUGCAUUUUAACGAAUAAUUAUUCAAACAAAAAGCAACGAAAUAAAACCAACAACAAAAUGUCGUACGCAAUAAUACUUUUGACCAUUUCGUGUCUCUGCACCGGCUUUACUUAUGGAAUGGAAUGUUCGCUUAAUAGUGAAAAGAGUUACUUUGAAAAAUUAAUGACCUCUUGUCCAGCGCUAUUGGAUGAUUCAAGUAAAUCCUAUUGCUGCUAUGAUUUCUCAAAUAAAUAUUAUUACUGUUGUACUCAGGAAGAAUUUGCUAUAAAAAUGGGGAUUGGAAUCAUCAUACCUGUUGUUAUUGCUGCCGGUAUUAUUGUAUCAUUAAUAGUUUGUUGCAUAUCUUGUUUAUGCUGCAGUUGUUGCCCAUGGUAUCGUCGACGUCAUCGAGGCACCGUUUAUGGCAUACAAACACCAAGUGUCGUUCAAGUGGUACAAACUUCAACAAAUCCUCCACCAUCUAAUUAUGCCAAUCAAACACCGCAAAAUAUUUAUACGCCAUAUCCACCAACUACUGUUGGAGGUAUGCCACAGCCACAGCCACCACCAGCAUAUACCAUUGAACCUUAUGCUAGACAGGCACCAUACAAUCCUGGAUACGUACAAUAAUACCAAAAAACACUACCGAUCUACUUGCCAAUAUGUUUAGUAUUAAGUCAACUUAUUUUUUACCUUGAAUGUCAAUAAUUAAAAUUACUAUUUAAAAAAAAAAGGAACAUAAGUCUUCGAAUGAUAUCAAAAAAGAUUCACAUUUUGUACUACUAUUAUUAAAAGAAAUAUGGA